GGCCGGGGUGGCGGGGUCCGCGCUGCCCGCGAGGCGUCGUGAGGCGGCCGAAGAGGACGAGCGCGGCAGCCGGGCCGGAUGCUGGCAUGUGUGUCCUGGUCCCUGAUCCCCUCUUGUGGGUCUACUGAUUCUUCCGUCUUCCUGUGCCAGAGACAUCAACGGAGCUGUUCAGACCUGCAGGGGUCCUUGGUGAAUCCUAUCAUGGUUAUUUAAGGAACCUUGCCUAGAAGUCCCCACACAAGCGCAGUUCCCCAUCGCCGGGAAGGCGUGGACUCCAAGAUGAUUAUAAAGGAAUACCGGAUUCCUCUGCCAAUGACUGUGGAGGAGUACCGCAUCGCCCAGCUCUACAUGAUACAGAAGAAGAGCCGAAAUGAGACCCAUGGCGAAGGCAGCGGUGUGGAGAUCCUGGAAAACCGACCCUAUACAGAUGGUCCUGGCGGCUCUGGGCAGUACACACACAAGGUGUACCACGUGGGCAUGCACAUCCCCAGUUGGUUCCGUUCCAUCUUGCCCAAGGCAGCCCUGCGAGUGGUGGAGGAAUCCUGGAACGCCUACCCUUACACCAGAACCAGGUUCACCUGCCCCUUCGUGGAGAAGUUCUCCAUCGACAUUGAGACUUAUUAUAAGACUGAUGCUGGGGAAAAUCCUGAUGUAUUCAGCCUGUCCCCUGUGGAGAAGAACCAGCUGAUAACAGACUUCAUCGACAUCGUCAAGGACCCUGUUCCCCCCAACGAGUAUAAGACUGAGGAAGAUCCCAAGCUGUUCCAGUCAGUCAAGACCCAUCGGGGCCCGCUGUCGGACAAUUGGAUCGAGGAGUACAAGAGGCGCCUCCUCCCCAUCAUGUGUGCCUACAAGCUCUGCAAGGUGGAGUUCCGCUACUGGGGCAUGCAGUCCAAGAUCGAGAGGUUCAUCCACGAUACAGGCUUGCGGCGGGUAAUGGUACGGGCCCACCGGCAGGCCUGGUGCUGGCAGGAUGAGUGGUAUGGGCUGAGCAUGGAAAACAUCCGUGAGCUGGAGAGGGAGGCACAGCUCAUGCUGUCCCGCAAGAUGGCCCAGUUUACCGAUGAUGAGGGAGCUAUGGAGCUUGCCAAGGACCACACCACCCAGGACCAGGCAUCUGGAGUGCCACCUGAGCCCAGCAGCAGCAACGGGGAGCCCCUGGUAGGGCGGGGCCUCAAGAAGCAGUGGUCCACAUCCUCCAAGUCUUCACGGUCAUCCAAGCGGGGAGCCAGCCCUUCCCGCCACAGCAUCUCGGAGUGGAGGAUGCAGAGCAUUGCCAGGGACUCAGACGAGAGUUCAGACGAUGAGUUCUUCGAUGCUCAUGAGGACCUGUCCGACUCGGAGGAGAUGUUCCCCAAGGACAUCACCAAGUGGAGCUCCAAUGAUCUCGUGGACAAAGUGGAGAGCCCAGAGCCAGAGGACACACAGGACAGUCUGUACCGCCAGAGCAGCCCUGAGUUCAGGGUGGCCUCCAGCGUGGAGCAGCUGAACAUCAUCGAGGAUGAGGUGAGCCAGCCACUGGCCACACCGCCCUCCAAGAUCCACGUGCUGCUGCUGGUGCUGCAUGGAGGCACCAUCCUGGACACGGGCGCCGGGGACCCCAGCUCCAAGCAGGGUGAUGCCAACACCAUCGCCACCGUGUUCGACACAGUCAUGCGAGUGCACUACCCCAGCGCCCUGGGCCACCUUGCCAUCCGCCUGGUACCGUGCCCUCCCAUCUGCGCUGACGCCUUUGCCCUUGUCUCCAACUUGAGUCCCUACGGCCAUGACGAGGGCUGUCUGUCCAGCAGUCAGGACCACAUCCCCCUAGCUGCCCUGCCACUGCUGGCCACUUCCUCGCCCCAGUACCAGGAGGCAGUUGCCACGGUGAUUCAGCGGGCCAACCUGGCCUAUGGGGACUUCCUUAAGUCCCAGGAGGGCGUGACCUUCAAUGGGCAGGUCUGCCUGAUCGGGGACUGUGUUGGGGGCAUCCUGGCAUUCGAUGCCUUAUGCUACAGCAGCCAGCCCGUGUCGGAGAGUCAGAGCAGCAGUCGCCGAGGCAGCGUGGUCAGUGUGCAGGACGCUGACCUGCUGUCCCCGGGCAUCCUGGUGAACACAGCGCAAUGCUCUGGCAGCGGCAGUUGUGGCGGUGGCGGCGGCAGCAAUGGCUCCAGCCUAGAAAGCAGUCGACACCUCAGCCGCAGCAACAUCGACAUCCCCCGCGGCGAUGGCACUGAAGACUCCAAAAGGCAGCUGCCCCGCAAGCGGAGCGACUCCUCCACCUACGAGCUGGACACCAUCCAGCAGCACCAGGCCUUCCUGUCCAGCCUCCACGCCAGCGUCCUGAGGAACGAGCCCAGCUCCCGCCGCUCCAGUAGCUCCACCAUGCUGGAUGGCACUGGCGCCCUGGGCAGGUUUGACUUUGAGAUCGCCGACCUCUUCCUGUUUGGAUGCCCACUGGGGCUGGUUCUGGCCUUGAGGAAAACAGUCAUCCCUGCCCUGGACGUGUUCCAGCUGCGGCCCGCCUGCCAGCAGGUGUACAACCUGUUCCACCCCGCGGACCCAUCCGCCUCCCGGCUGGAGCCACUGCUGGAGCGGCGCUUCCACGCCCUGCCGCCCUUCGGCAUCCCCCGCUACCAGCGCUACCCGCUGGGGGAUGGCUGCUCCACGCUGCUGGUUGAGACCGUGCAGAGAAACCCUGAGCUGGUCCUGGAAGGUGGCCCCCUGGCCCCUCUCCCCCAAGGGGAUGGCUUCCUGGAAACCAGUAUCCCCGUUCCCGCGCUCACCUGGCAAGACGGGCCCCGCCCGAGUCCGGGCUGUGCUGAGUCAGAUGCACUCCAGACCCACAACACGGUCUUCCAAGAGCACGUGGCCCCUUCAUCACCGGGCACGGCCCCAACCAGCCGCGGCCUCCGCAGAGCCAGUGAGAUCAGCAUUGCCAGCCAAGUGUCAGGCAUGGCUGAGAGCUACACGGCGUCCAGCAUCGCCCAGAAGGCCCCCUCGUCGCUCAGCCACACCCCCAGUGUCAGGCGCCUGUCCCUUCUCGCCCUGCCCCCCCCCUCCCCAGUCAUGCUUGGCUCUCAUCCCCGGGGCCGGCAGGCCGGCCCUAGCCUGGAGAGGGCCCCUUGCCUCCCUGACUUGGACAUCGGAGAAGUUGCUGCAAAGUGGUGGGGCCAGAAGCGGAUCGACUAUGCCCUGUACUGCCCCGACGCCCUGACAGCCUUCCCCACGGUGGCCCUGCCCCACCUCUUCCACGCCAGCUACUGGGAGUCCACCGACGUGGUCUCUUUCCUGCUGAGACAGGUCAUGAGGCAUGACAGUUCCAGCAUCCUGGAGCUGGAUGGCAAGGAGGUGUCCGUGUUCACCCCCUCGCAGCCCAGAGAGAAGUGGCAGCGCAAGAGGACCCACGUGAAGCUGCGGAACGUGACGGCCAACCACCGGAUCAACGAUGCGGUCGCCAACGAGGAUGGCCCCCAGGUUGUGACGGGCCGGUUCAUGUACGGGCCCCUGGACAUGGUCACUCUCACUGGAGAGAAGGUGGAUGUGCACAUCAUGACGCAGCCACCCUCGGGGGAGUGGCUGCACCUGGACACGCUGGUGACGAACAGCAGUGGACGUGUCUCCUACACGAUCCCGGAGACGCACCGCCUGGGGGUGGGUGUCUACCCCAUCAAAAUGGUGGUCAGGGGAGACCACACAUUUGCCGACAGCUACAUCACUGUGCUGCCCAAGGGCACGGAGUUUGUGGUCUUCAGCAUUGAUGGCUCCUUUGCCGCCAGCGUGUCCAUCAUGGGCAGUGACCCCAAGGUGCGGGCCGGGGCUGUGGACGUGGUGCGGCACUGGCAGGACUUGGGCUACCUCAUCAUCUACGUGACAGGCCGGCCUGACAUGCAGAAGCAGCGAGUGGUGGCGUGGCUGGCUCAGCACAACUUCCCCCAUGGCGUGGUGUCCUUCUGUGACGGCCUGGUGCACGACCCACUGAGGCACAAGGCCAACUUCCUGAAGCUCCUCAUCUCGGAGCUGCAUCUGCGUGUGCACGCGGCCUACGGCUCCACUAAGGACGUGGCAGUGUACAGCUCCAUCAGCCUGUCCCCCAUGCAGAUCUACAUCGUGGGCCGGCCCACCAAGAAGCUGCAGCAGCAGUGCCAGUUCAUCACAGACGGCUAUGCGGCCCACCUGGCCCAGCUCAAGUACAACCAUCGCGCGAGACCAGCCCGCAACACCGCCACCCGCAUGGCGCUGCGCAAGGGCAGCUUCGGCUUGCCGGGCCAGGGCGACUUCCUGCGCUCCCGUAACCACCUGCUCCGCACCAUCUCAGCCCAGCCCGGCGGGCCCAGCCUCCGGCAUGAGAGGACGCAGAGCCAGGCCGAGAGCGAGCUGCGGGGCCAGCGCAGCCUGAGCAUGGCAGCCAGCUGCUGGGGCCGUACCAUGACCGGCCGGCUCGAGCCAGGGGCAGUCACGGGCCCCAAGUAGGGCACUGUUACGAGGCGCUGUGGUCUCCAUGGUGCUAGGCCAGGGUGCCAGCCCCACUGGGAGGCCUGGCCUGGAAACUGGCAGGCAGCUGGGAACAAGCACAUUUGUGGCCUGGGAGCUGGUUCCAGGGCCCCGUGGGGAUACAGCCAUGCCACAGUCCUCCCGGCCAUGCCUCGCGUCUUAGGGUCUGUGGAAGCUGGCAGGACAUCCCACUUAGCCUGGCCUGGGAGGCCCCCCCCCCCCCCCCGAACAUCCUGCUGUGCAUAGAGCUCCCAGCCUGAGCCAGCUGUGGGCCAGACUCAGCCUCCACCUCCUUCCCCCUAGCUCCCCAACCAAGGCCCCUCCUGUUUGGGAACGGCUCCAACAGGGGUCCAGCCUGCUUUUUGUUGACUCCAGUUUCUCAACUGUUCAACCUCACUGGUUUUGCACUGAUUUUUGAGUGGAGACCCCUUGCCACCUCUGACGGCUAGAUUCGUUGACAUGCAUGAAAAUUCAGUAUUUGCUGACCCAGGACUUCUUACCACACAGAAGGUCCCAGUGUGGCAAACCCACAUACAAGCAGGAGAGAAAGGCCAUAUCUUAAUUUGGGCAGCCCUGGACUGUGGCCCGCCACCCCGGCCCCACGUGCAGCUGGGUCUGGCUGCAGGGCUGGUGCACAGCACAGGCCUGCUGCCCGCAAUGUCCACAGCGGGCUCCCGACUAGCCUCACCCUGGGCUGCGGGGCCUGGCCUCCACUUCUGCUCCUUGCCUGCCAUUGGCCGAGGCCCCAUGCCAUGGCCGCCCGCCCGCGUUUCUACGCCUUUCUACUUCUCAAUCUGAUUUCUAUGAGGUUUUUUUAAUGAGCAAUCCUUGGCUGCUUCCUUUUCUUAACUCUUUGCGUACAAGCGCAGCCCUUCCACGUGGGAGACACCCAGCACUGUGAGUGUCCAGCCUGGCUCUGGACGUGGGCCCCGCCCCCUUCCCCCCCUCUGCAAGGUGUGGGCUCCCGGCCCCACCUGACCCAUGGAUUCCACUGAGUCUCGACUCUGGGGUGGGUGGGGCACACACUUAGGUUUUUUUAAUGCCAAUUCCGUUUUGAUGCUCAAUCUAAGAAUAAGAAGCCACAGUUAGCUUCAUUAGCUUCAGGGUGGGCAGCCCUGACUCCAUUUUUUUCCUGAACCAAGGACAAACCAUCCAGCACCCACCUUCCCAUCCCAGCACCGAACGCAACCUCCGGUGCUCCUCCAUCUUCCCGGAAGUGGGCAAGCCCGCUGGGCCCAGCCGGACUCCGUCUCAGGGCUGCACGCCUGGGCUGGAGAGGUGCGGGCGGAUGCUAACUUUCCUGUGUGUAGAUAUGUACAGCCGGAGGGGUACGUGUCCUGCGAGAGCAGGCCUGCAUUCAGAGGGAAAGCUAUUUAUUUUGUGCAGAGAAAAUUGUCUGGAGGGAUGGAACCUUCAGGUUUACUCAUAUUUAAGAUGUAGCUUUUCGUUGUUUCAGGCGUUAUGUAUAAAGCAACGAUGAUUUUAUGGA